AUGAUGUUAUCUUCGUUUACUGAUCCUACAAUGUCAACGCCAUCAUCUCCGUAUGAGACACAACCUGCUUGGUGGAAAUCAAAUUUUACAACAACAUUUUAUGCAGCAUUGUCGACCGCUUUUCUUCCCUCAUCUGUUCCUUCGACACAAGACAUUUCUCCUUCGUCUACCGCGCCACCAUCAUCAAAUCUUUCGUCAAACAUUGUGGAGAAACGAACAAAUCGUAUCGAUCAUCAUUAUCACUUAAUGACUACUAAUGGAGCUCAUACAAAUGGCUUUGGUCAUGAUAACGAUGAUCCACUACGAAUUUUACUUUUUGCCGAAAGUUUUCCUUCGUUUACCAGUGGUAUUACACGUCGAUUUAAAGAAAUCAUACGACGUUUAGCGAAAAGAAAACACCACAUACAUGUGAUUACGGGUUGUAAAAAUGCAAAACUAUGGCUUGAGGGAAGUGAUUAUCUUCAAGAAUAUGUUACAUUUUCCAUCUUAUCAUCAACUGAUUUCACCAACAAAAUCGAUUGCGCAUGUCCAUUUCUAUUGCCUAAUCCUGCUAUUUAUUUUUCCAUUCGAAAAUUUUCACCCGAUGUUAUCCAUAUUGUUGAACAAACUCCGGCAGCCAUGCUCUGUGGUGCAUUCGCUAAAUCAUUAAAUAUUCCGAUAGUUUGGUCAUCGCAUACCAAUAUAGAUUUUUAUCUUUCAACCUACAUACGCUCUUAUGCGGUCAGUUUAACGCGAUCUAUUUAUAAAUACAUACGAUUGAAACAUUUAAUUUAUUCGUCGAUUAAUUUAACAGUUAGUCAAGAUUUUGCUGAUUAUAUGGAACAUACGGGUGUACCACGCCCAGUUUUAGUCUGGAAAACAGGUGUUGACUCCGAAUUAUUUAAUCCGGUUCGACGUUCGUCAGCAAUGCGUUACCGGAUGUUCGGUACAUCACAUAAUUUUACUCGUGAACAGAUGGACUGUAUAACAUUAUUUCUGUGCGUUGGCCGUAUAUCUCCAGAAAAGAACUUCCAGUUCUUGUCAUUAGUUCUAGAACGUGUACCAAAUCAAACAUUUCUAUGUAUUAUUGGCGAUGGGCCUUAUCGACACACACUUCAACCGCUAUUUCCCACCGAUCGUGUGCACUUUUUUGGUUAUUUAGGCGGAGAAGAACUCGCUAGUGCUUAUGCCAGUGCGGAUUAUUUUAUUUAUGCAUCAGUUAGCGAAACAUUUGGUCAAGUUUAUCUUGAAGCUAUGGCAAGUGGCACACCGGUUGUAGCUGCCGAAGGCGGACAAUUGAAAGAAUUUUUCAUAAAUGGCGAACAUGGAUAUUUAUGGGAACCAGAUAAUAUCAAUUCUGCGGAACAAGCUGUACGUUUAGCAAUGAAGAAUCGCGAUUAUCUAUCGAUUAAGGCACGACAACAGGCCUUGAAACAUUCGUGGGAUUCUGCUGCUGAUCAGUUAAACAAUGUCUAUUAUGAUGCAAUGAAGAAAACAUCGACAAAAGCAGACGACAAUUCUUUUAUUAUCCUUUGUCGUGUGUUUUAUUAUGGAUUAAAUUGGUUUAUUUGUAUUCUACUAGCGUUAUUCUUGAUGGCGCCAUUCGUAAAAGUUUCAUCGCCGACGACAUCAACACCUAUUUCAUGUCGAAAUAAACAGCGAAUGAAUUCAACAAAAACAUGUUUUUCAUCUUGA